ACAAUAAUCUCGAAACGAUUGGCACUUUCUUUCGACAAAACACUUCCCCCUUCUUAGGGUUUUAAUACGCUAAAUUUUCUUACGAGUUCUCGCAUUUUCCUGGAAAAUUCUUCAUUCGUGGCGCUUCGUUUUCGUUCUUCUUCAUCCUCGACCUCGAUUAAAGGUAUGCGUAUCUAUAUCCAUUCCCUCGACCAUUAUUUUUCUAGGGUUCCGAAUUAGUUUUAGCUCGUACGAUGAUAUCAGUGAUGAACAGCAACGAUUUUGGAUUAGAUCGAAAAGUUGACGUUAGUGGAGACGAGUCUCAAUCGGAAGUUAGGGUUUCCGAGGACAAUGCUGUUGUCGAUGACAGCUCUGUUGAAACCACCGAUUACAGUAGUGAUAGAGGUGCUUUUGUAGAUAUGGUUGGCUCUGAAGAAAUGAAGGUUUCACAUGGCGUUGUGGGCUGUAGUUCUGAAACGGUGACUGAUGUUGGUGGUGAUGUAAGGGCGAGCUUGGUUUCUGCUGGGUGUGAGGGAUUUAGGGUUUCCGCCGAGCAUGCGAAUCCAGCUCAGGAGAGUGAUGUUAGUGUUUCUGGUGGAGAUGCUGAUGCCGUGGAGAGUAGUAGAUCUGGUGAAUCUAGGGUUCCAGAGAUUGAUUGUAGAGGGAUUGAUGAGGAAAUGGAAUUUAGGUUUUGUGAAAUUAAAAAUGAAGACGCCACACCGAGGGGGAGUGGCAAUAAAUUCCGUGAUCGGAAUGGUGGGAUUGAUCAUUUCGGGUCUAGGAUUGAAGGAGAUAGAGUUACUUGUGGGGAGAAGGGGCUUGCAGAAGUGACUCAUAGAGUGAGUGACCAUAAAUUUGAUGUUUUCAAUGGCGGGUUGGAGCAUUCAGUAUCGGGGGUCGGUAAGGGACUGGUAGAAGUGAGGAAUUCAAGUGUAUCUCAGUAUGAUUCAAUGCUUUCAAUGUUUGAUGAAUUUGCCGCAAAUGAGAGUGGUAAAGCCUCGAGAACAGGGUCGCAUGCCCUGAUGGGUUAUGAAAAUGAAAUAGGUGAUAUGGUUUGGGGGAAGGUGAAAUCCCACCCAUGGUGGCCGGGUCAUAUAUAUAAUGAAGCCUUUGCAACACCUUCAGUUCGUCGAACAAAGAGAGAAGGUCAUAUAUUAGUUGCUUUCUUUGGUGAUAGUAGUUAUGGAUGGUUUGACCCGGCCGAGCUUAUUCCAUUUGAUCCUAAUUUUGCUGAGAAGUCACAUCAGACUAAUUCAAGAACUUUUAUGAGGGCGGUGGAAGAGGCAGUUGAUGAAGCGAGCCGGAGAUGUGGUUUGGCUUUGGCUUGCUGUUGCAGGAACCCAUAUAAUUUUCGGCCCACAAAUGUUCAAGGGUACUUCUUUGUUGAUGUGGUUGAUUUUGAGCCUGGAGGUGUAUACUCGGUGACCCAGAUCAAAAAAUCAAGAGACAGUUUUCGGCCAAGGGAGGCUCUUGCUUUUAUAAAGCAGUUGGCAGUAGUGCCGACCGUUGAUGAAAAUCCGAGUAUUGAUUUUAUUAAGAAUAAGGCUACUCUUUUCGCUUAUCGGAAGGCAGUGUUUGAGGAAUUCGAUGAGACUUAUGCUCAAGCAUUUGGAGUCCAACCAGUGCGCCCUUCUCAUGAACCAAGAGAAACAGUGGUACAGCCUUUUAAGGUGCCAUCUAGAGCUCCAUUGAGUGGCCGACUGGUGAUUGCAGAAUCUUUAGGUAAGAAGAAAAAUUCCACAAAACUAAAUAAAGCAAAGGACCAAACAAAGAAAGACAGAUACCUUUUUAAACGAAGAGAUGAGCAGGAUGAGUUGAGAAGACACCAAGUCCACCUAGGGCAACUUAGUUCCUCUUCCCAGACAGCUUAUGUGGAGGGAUCUUCAGCGUUAGCUGCUGGGGAUUACGUGUUGCAGAAGAGAGCCCCAGCAGUUUCUACAAAGCCUCAGACUCCAAUCAAACACGAAAGAAGUGUGACUAUUGGCAGGGAUGGCGCUUCAGCUCCAAGUCUGGAUGUAACUGGUAAAGAAGCUGUAACUUUAGAGGAGAAAUCUGCUGUUGCAAAAUUUAGCAGCUCUCAGAUAAAUGCAAAUAAGGUAGAGUUUGCUGAUAAUCAUGCUCCUAAUUUUCCUGUAGGUCAGAAUCCAGACUACAACAGUUACCUCUUUGAAGAAAAGUCUUCUCCUGAAAAAGGGAAAGGCAUUCAGCUCAUAGAGAGCAUUGGAUCUAAUGUAUCAACUGGUCCUGCAUCUGUGGGUGCUUCCAGUUUGCAAGGAAAAGGGGUAUUCCCAGGUGUAGUAGAAAACGUGCGUCACAUUUUUGAGCCAGAAGGUGAGGUGAUGAUGGAUUUCAAACAAGAUGCCCAGAGUGCUUCAAAGAUUAAGUUGGUUGAAGGUUUUCAGCAAUCUUCAAGUCUACCACCUACAGUGGAACAGUUGCAUGGACGGGAAAGAGUUCAGGAUGGUGGGAAGGGGGCAAAGAAGGUCAAGGUUCUUAAACGUCCUCUAGGGGAAUUAAAUGCUGAGAAAUCUGCCUCAGGAGAGAAGAAGAAGAAGAGAAAGAAAGAGUUGGGCCCGGGAAUGAGCUCUGACCGUAAGCGUAUGACUACUGGAAAUAGUGCUGCACUUUUGGGAAAAGUAGUAGGAAAAUCUGAUCAAGUUGGUUGGCCCCUCAGAGAGGAUUUUCAGGUGCACCAUCAGAAAAAAGUUCAUGGGGCUGAUAGUUUGUUGUUGCCUGAUUCUGUUGGGACAGGAAACAUUGAGCUUGAGCUUCCACAAUUACUAAGUGAUUUACAUUCUCUCGCUCUCAAUCCCUUCCAUGGUGUGGAGCGUAACAGUCCUGCAAUAGCGAAGGAUGUAUUUUUGAAAUUUCGGUCCCUUGUUUACCAGAAGAGUUUGGCCCUUUCUACAGCAACUGAGGCAGAGUUGAAUGAAGCUUGCACUGUGAAGUAUCCAUCUGAUACUGCUGUCCCUGACAAUUUUCAGGGUGAGAGUAUUAGAGAUCCUUCAGCUCUAAAACCUCGAAAACCUCCCGUCCGGCCUGAUGAUCCAACAAAAGGUGGGCGGAAACGUGGCCCAUCCGAUCGUCAAGAAGAAAUUGCUGCAAAGAGGUUAAAGAAAAUUACUGAUCUGAAAACACUUGCUGCAGAAAAGAAAGCUGUUCAGAAGACUCCAGAUGCUCCACGGGGAGAUUUUAAAGAAACAGUUUCUCCAGCACCCCCCAAACAAGUCAGAAUUGACUCUACCAAGAAAAUAGAGCCUCCAGUAAAGACCCCCGAGCCCACAAUGCUGGUGAUGAAGUUCCCUCCGGGAACAAACCUUCCAUCUGGUUCUGAGCUGAAGGCAAGGCUUGCUCGUUUUGGACCCUUAGAUCAUUCAGGGACUCGGGUUUUCUGGAAGUCCUACACGUGCCGUGUCGUCUUCCUGUACAAGCAUGAUGCACAGGCUGCACACAAAUAUCUUUCAGGAGGCAGUUCUUUAUUCGGCAACGUGAGCUUGAGAUGUCAUAUCCGGGAAAUGGGUGCUUCUGCAUCUGAGUCGGAACCGAGCAAGGUCCUAAAAGAAGACACUUCCGGUGAGACACCACAGUUGAGGGAUUCUGCAGUUGAACAAAAACUGCCAGUAACACCUGCACAACAGCGACUACAACAGCAGACGGCAGUCCAGCUGAAAUCGUGCCUGAAGAAACCUUCUGGUGAUGAGACGGCUCCAGCCCCAGGUGGUAAUGGUGGCGGUAGAGGGACCCCUCGUGUAAAAUUCAUGUUGGGUGGGGAAGAAAGUAGUAGGGGUGGUGAGCAAUUGAUGGUUUCUAAUAAGAACAUCAACUUCAUCAACAAUGCUACUAGUUUUGCUGAUGGUGGUGCAUCUUCUUCUACUACUCUUGCAAUGGAUUUUAAUAGUAAGAAUUUUCAAAAGGUCAUUCUUCCACUGCCAUUGCCUAUACUUCCUCUUCCUAAUGCUCAAUAUUCCAAAGCCCCAAAUAAUAUGCAUUAUACUGACGUAGCAGUAGCACCCAGAAUACCUCACAAUCUUAACACGGUUAGCGCCCCAACAGCUGCGUUGCCUAGUGCGACCAACGUUGACAUUGCACAGCAGAUGCUAAACCUUCUGAGUAGGUGCAAUGACGUUGUGACCAAUGUGAAGAACAUUUUAGGGUAUGUGCCCUACCAUCCUCUCUGAGGGUACUUUUAAAAGGGAAUGAUGGUACCAAAAUCUGAUGGUCAAAUUUUUCUGAAGAUGGUGCAUUUUGCAUUCAGUGGCGGCUUUUAAGAGAGCACUUUCUCUCUCUAAAAGUAAGGGCCGAAUUGGACCCAUUGGGGGUGGAGGAGAGAGAACACACGAAUGGAGAGACACACGAAUGGAGAGGGUGGUGAACAAAAUGUCCUCAAAAUAUGUACUUCGUAGCGGGAAUAACACCAAAUGAUGUACUGAUGAAAGUAAUAGUGAUUAAGUUGCUUAUGUUUCACUUGUGUGUCUUUUUUUUUUUUUUUGGUUUCUAUGUGCUUUCGUUUAGACCUUUUAUCUAGUGGGGACAUUGCACGA